AUGGGUGGGAAACGCACGAAGAAUAACACCAAGCCUUCUAGCAGCGGACGCAGUGCGGAACUGCUCGGUACGUCCGUACCGACGCUGUUCGGGUUUGCCGCCCUGGAUAGUGCGAGCUUACCGGUCGUGCCAGGAUUCGUACAGAUUGAUGCGAACCAUAGCAUCGACGAAAUGGAUCCCAAUCUGGACGACACAUUGCAGAUAGUAUUGAGGAAGAUGCUGAAGAAGGAUCGUACCACCAAAACGAAAGCCUUGCUCGAAUUUAUCGAGCUGAUAAAAAAUGCUGAGCUGGAAGUAGUAAAAGCAGUGCUACCUUUCUGGCCGAAACUAUUCGUGAAUCUGUCCACCGAUGCGGAUCAUCGUGUUAGGGAAACGGCACAGCAAGCGCAGGCCGUGAUCGUAUCGCGUGCUGGCAAAAAUAUCGCACCGUUCCUGCGGCAACUCAUCCCGGCUUGGAUAUCAUCGCAAAGUGAUACGUACGCUUCCGCGGCAUCUGUGGCUUUACAGUCAUUCAAUAACACGUUUCCCCCUGGGAAAGUCAGUGAGGUCUUUGUGUUUUGUGAGAACGAAAUUCUAGAGUACUUCACGAAAAACCUAACCGUCCACACGGCCAUAACGUUAAGCAACCCCAAAUCCCACUCGCCGGAAGAAUGCGAGAACAAGUACCAGCUCGUGUUAAUAUCCAGCUUACGAGGCUACGCGCUCUAUCUUAGCCGCAUACCAGCAGAGAAUCUGAAGAAAUCCGCGGAGUUAAACGCGAAAAUUCUCGAGAGUCCAAAGUUCUGGACGUACCACAAGCACAAAACAGCCGCAAUCCGAUCCGCUUGGUUUGAGGUCAUGUCCGCUCUGCUGCAGUAUGGACCAUUUCUAGUGGAGGGCCAUCAGGCCCAGAUAACGACGAGCGUUUUCCAAUUUCUGGACGAAGCGGACCCAUCGGUCGUAACGCACGUUUGGGCUUUGAUCGUUUUGGUACAGGCGAAACUGAGCGAAUGGCAUAGCCACUUGAAUUUUGAUAAGGCCGUUUUUCCCAAGCUCUGGAAGCUAAUCAAAAGCGGUGGUGCCGGUAAUGCGGCCUGCGUGUUCCCGCAUAUGCUCCCGCUGGUUUCGGGAUUUACCCGCGAGGUGCUUGGAAACGAACGUUUGGCCAAAUUCUAUAGCCUUUUCUUUGAGAGCAUGAACGAGGGCCUUAAAACGGUGCAAUCAAGCAGGUUGGACGUGUCUGCCGUAUCACAAGCGUACUACGAAACGUUCCAAUAUGUGGUACUGCAGGUGUUGCGUGAUGAUGCGAUGACGGAAUCGGAACGGGAGGAGUUCUGUUCAAACAUGCUGGAGCAGCAUCUGAUAGGCGUGAUCGCAUGGAGCAUUACAAGUGAAGCGGCAUGUGGGAAAUACGUGUUCCAGCAUAUGGCUAAUCUGCUCGAUCAUUGGUGCCAGCACAGUACCACAUACACACAGUACGAGCGGCUACUGGUGAUCUUCUGGGAACGUCUGUACGGCAUCGUAAAGGAGAGUGUCGACAACAAGAACAACACCUCUUGCAUCACCGACUCUCACGUGGAUUUGAUACAGAACCUUCGCCGUACGUCCCAUAAAAGGGUGAAGUUUGCAGUGGAAAAUCCGAGCGAAGAUGCUGUGGAUGGUGUAGUCGCUUGUCCGCUCACAACGGGAAACCAUGCGAGCCGUUUCGAAAGCCAGUUGCAAUUGCUCGUGUACCGCAUCUGCCAGCUGUAUAUUGCCAAAAUUAGUGUCGAUCGAGACGAGGGAUACAUACUACAGCUAGAGUAUCUCGUUCGCGCAUUCCAGUGCCGGGAGCUGUUCAUAUUUCUAGCAAACGGCAGCGAAAACAUUAAAUGUCUGUUUGAUCCUUUCGCUCGGUGGUUGCAAGACACGAAACUGCAAUCAGAAUAUAUCGUGGAACUUGUUAUGAUCCUGUACAAAUAUCUCAACGCCGAGGAACGGCUAGUUCUUUUAAACAAAUGGAUAAAGAUGUCUAACGCAAUCGUUCAAAGGUGGAUCAUUCUCCGUGCGCUGAGUCAUCCGCUGUGCCAAGAACCGAAUAUAAGGAUGUUCCUCGCACAACCGGAAGUAUCGAACAUCAUUACCGAAUGGGCUGUCGGGGUCGCUAACGGAAACACGAAGGACAAUAUGAUUCUGUUGCAGAAAUGCUUUUUCGUAGCUAGCAACGGGGAGAUUCUGAUCGAUGCGAAAACUUGUGAGAAAAUUAUCGACACCAUAACGGUACCGCUGCGAGAUGCAUUGAAGGUUGAAUUGCAUGAUGGAUGUAUUAGCUUUCUCGCGCAAAUUAUGCCCGUCAUCUGCAGUGAUGCCCGACUGACGGAACUGCAUCGUUCGCUGUUCUGUACGUUGUUUGAUUUUAGCGUGCACAACGUGGUUAGCGAUCAUCUCUCAGAGGACACGCUCUGGGAGGCAACGACUGCCUGGCAAGAUGCACUGUCCGGCGAAGAUAUUGAGCUUGAUAAUGCUCUUCUCGUACGAAGCAUUGGUACGAUCGAUGACCGGCUGCGCACUUUGUCUUCCGAGAAGCAAGAUGGCAUUCUCGCCUUGUUGGAGAAAGUAUCGGAGAUUGUGGCCAAAUUGUUUGCCUGUGCUUCCGAACCCAACAAGCACGACAAAUCCCAACGGUGCCAAGAAAUUCACUCCAUGUUGGAACAGUUUUUUGCGAAACGGGAAUCAGAAGAUCGUAAGCAAACGGAAGAGCUAUCUUUUCUAGCGGAGUACGUCGAAGUCAUACAAGGGAAGCUACUUACUAAACAAUUGCAACAAUCGACGGCACCCUCAAUAUCAGAUCAGAUGUUCGUAAAUACCAUGAAAAGCUCGUUCGUUCGGGCCAUCUGUAUGCUUAACGUCGUUUUGAAACUAUCCUGCAAAGCUAAACUCAAUCCUUCUGCGAACAAUGAACAAAUGGAAGUAGAUCAACCAACUGAGAGCGACGAUCGUGAUGAAAUGGAAACGUACGAAAAUAUCGAUGAGGAUAACGGAGAUCUUUGUGUCCUGCACCUGUGGUCGGAAUCGAUUUACGAAAAAGUACUGUCUGUGAUAUAUUUGGCAACCAUCGGUGAUACGAUCCUGUACAAUUCGGAAGAGUUGGAAUCUGUUGUGGAGUGCUUAAUACUGGCGGUUCAGGAAAAGUUAACGCUUCUAUUGAAGAAUGUAUCGCAAGAUGUCGUUGCACAGAUCAAGCAAAAGCUGUUUGCCUUAUCGAACGACCGUGGCAUGCUAUGGGCAAAGAGCCUUACGGCGCUGCUGGUGAUAAAUCAGUACGCGGAUGAGGAAAGUGGUCCCGUUCUGUUGUACGAGGAUGUUUCUAUCGCAGCGAACAAUAGUGAGGAUCUCGUAGCGUACGUUAAUAUAGUGCAGUGCUUGGGAGCCAAAAUGCAGCCAAAAUGUCUUCCUAUCAGUCCGAAUCUGUUCGAAAACUAUUUUGAUGUAUUAGUUAAGCUUUCUUCUGCGCGCUGCCUAAUAGAUAAUCAUUUUUCGACUAACUACAACGAAAUGAACGAUAGGAAAAUAAUAGGCAACUGUUUGAUCGUUCUACACGAACUCAUCUCACGACAAGCGACAAACAAAAUGUUACAGUACAAUUGUGAUCUCGCACAAGCAGACGAAAACAAUAUCUUCCUGGACAUGGAGGUAGCGAAUGUACUCACGACUGUGUUGCGCUAUUUUCCAACUGAGCUCGACAUUGGAAAAUGGGAUUUUAUUCGAAUAGCUCUUAGCUCGUGGACGCUCUCCGUUUCGAAGAGCUAUACGCACUUUCGCACACACAAUAUUUCGCUCUUCAUAGGCGCACUGUAUCGACUGUUCCACGGAUUAAUGUUGUUCUUUGCAAUAGAACGGAAACGAAGCUCGUCGGAAUUGAUGUCCAAUGUCAUCGAAGAGUGGGACAACGUCUUCGCUAAAGAUGUCAAUCUCGUAUUGUUGAAGGCCUUUAUUGGGAUCGUUAACACAAUAGAGCAUCAGCGGAAAUCAGAUCAAUAUUUUAUUGAAUCCAUAUGUCCCUACAUCGAAUCGGUGGAUUUCAGCUAUGUCUUAAAGGCUAACAAGGUCGAUUCGAAAACGUCGUUGGAUGAUCUGAUGACGUUCUCGCUCAACAAUAUCCGUCACUGGAACAAACGAGUUCGAUUCGCAGCGACCGCAAUGCUCAAAUCACUGUCUGUCGGACUCAUCCAGCGUGAUUUGGAGCAGCUUCUGAAGCGCUCAGAAUCAUCUGAUCAGCAACAGAAGUGCGCUGAGGAACCCGAAGAGAGUUGGCACCUGUUGCAGCGUUUUAAGCACCAGCUGGAUCAAUACCAAGAGCUGCUUGGUGGAUGUAUCGCCGACUUUAAUUACAAACCGUUAGAUGCAGAUUCCCCGCUAAAGCUAGCUGACAACGACAACCUGCAAGAAACAAGAUCCCACUGUCUGUCCUUCCUGUUGCUUUGGGAUUGCAUUCUUGGUAUAUGUGCCAAAGCUCCAUCUGAAUUACGAUCAAUCUAUGCAUUCUGGAUUUCGGGCAACAAAUUUGAGCAACUUCUCUUACCAAUCUUGUUCAAGUUAAUGCCGCAAGAAAUUUUGCGAAAUCCCGAUUCGUGUGCCGUCUAUGGACAAGCAAUGUUUUCCAGCUUGGAAUGGAGUCAGAUCAAAAAUCCAAGCACGAAGCUUGAGCGAUACGCCUGCCAUCUGUACACGCAAACCCUGCGCCAUCUGCCCGUGAUCGUGCGACGCUGGUUUAACGGUCUGAAUCACCGCCAUUCGUUGAUCGUCAGCAAGAUAACGGCCAACUCGGUAUCAGGUAUGCUGUGCCAGGAAGAGUUCCAAUCAUUGAUCGAACGCAAGGAUCGCCAGGACAACAUGCAGAUCAAGGUGCACUCGACGCUGCGCCAGGUGAUGGCUGUUUAUUCGAUCGACGAAACGAAACUGGAGCUGCACAUAACGCUUCCGAACAACUUCCCGCUCGGAGCGGUUGCCGUCGAAGGUGGCAAGCAGAUCGGUGGCCGACUGCAGUCCCGCCAGGUGGUCAUGCAACUAUCAAUAUUCUUAACGCACCAGAACGGCUCCAUCUACGACGGGUUGUCGUUGUGGAAGCGAAACCUGGACCGCAAAUUCGAGGGCGUCGAGGAGUGCUACGUAUGCUACAGCGUAAUUCACCAGGACACGUGCCAGCUACCGAAGCUGUCCUGCAAGACGUGCAAGAAAAAGUUCCACGGUCCGUGUCUGUACCGGUGGUUCAGCACGAGCAACAAGUCGACCUGUCCGAUUUGCAGAAAUAUCUUUUAGGAAAGCGAACACGAGGGCGCAUGUUUUAAGCACAUUCACAAGAAACGACACGUGUACAGUUACGGUAGAUGGUAGAUGGAUAGCGAGCGCUGUGGAAUGCCUCUUUAUUCAACUCACUCUUGAUUGAGCAUUAA